CAUGCAGAGGAAUUUGAGCUGCGUUGACGCCGAAGGAGGCCGUCUACUGUUCCGUAUACUGCCGGUUACGCUGUACGGAGCGGGGCGAGAGGUGGAUACGUAUGCGCUCCUAGAUGAGGGUUCCUCCGUCACGAUGAUCGAUGACGAGCUACGAAACGAUCUUGGAGUGCAAGGAGAGCGUCGGCAGCUAAAUAUCCAAUGGUUUGGAGGUAAGGCAACCAGAGAGCCUACCAACGUGGUGAGUCUGAAGAUAAGUGGAGUUGGAAAGCCCACUCGCCAUGUAUUGAAAAACGUUUAUGCCGUUUCGAAUUUGAGUUUGCCGAUGCAGACAUUGAGCCGACGAGAUGUCCAGGGCGUGCACAGGGAUGCGCGCCUGCCGAUGAAGCCUUACAGCAACGUGGCGCCGAAGCUGCUCAUCGGCCUGGAUCACGGACAUCUGGGAUUGCCAUUUAGGACGAGGCGGUUCGCUCGAGAGGGACCGUAUGCGGCCGCAACCGAGCUGGGCUGGGUUGUGUUUGGGCCUGUAAGUGGGCAACCGACCACGCCGUCACCGAGGUCCUGCCUACUUGCCGUGUCAGUGGAUGACGCGAUGGAAAAGAUGGUGGAGGACUACUUCGACAUGGAGAACUUUGGAGUGAAGCACGCGCCGCCGGUCGCAGCCAGCGACGAUGUUCGGGCCCAAAGGAUACUCCAGACGGGAUUACUCUGGAAGGACGACCACGUUGUGCUGCCACAGAGCUAUGAGAUGGCGUACAGGAGGCUGGUCAACGUCGAGAAGAAGAUGAAGCGCAACAAGCCGUUGGCGCAGGAAUACGAUCGGAUUAUAAAGGAUUACGUAUCUAAAGGAUACGCGAGGAGGCUGCAGCCGGAGGAGGUCGCGGUAAGGAGCGAUCGCCUAUGGUAUUUGCCACAUUUUGGUGUCGAAAACCCAAACAAGCCCGGCAAGGUACGGCUUGUGUUUGAUGCUGCAGCCAAAGUUGGAGGAACCUCGCUAAAUUCGGAGCUGGACAAAGGGCCUCAGCACUAUAAGCCUUUGCCGGCUGUGCUCUUUCAUUUCAGAGAGGGAGCCGUCGGAGUCUGCGGUGACAUCAAGGAGAUGUUCCACCAAGUGCUGAUCCGACCCGAGGAUAGAUGUUCCCAACGAUUCCUCUGGAGAGAUGGCGACGACGAGAGAGAUCCGGAUGUCUACGAGAUGAACGUAAUGACGUUUGGAGCAGCCUGCUCGCCGAGCGCUGCGCAUUACGUGAAGACUAUGAAUGCCCUGAAGUAUCGGGAUUCGGAUCCGAGAGCGGUCAAGGCCAUCACCGACUACCAUUAUGUCGAUGACUACGUGGACAGUUUCGCUACAGAGAGCGAGGCUAUCAGCGUAUCUACCCGAGUGAAGGAGAUACACAAGGAUGCUGGAUUCGAAUUAUGCAAGUUUUCAUCCAGCUCACCCACCGUGGAGACGGCUUUAGGACCUGGUCGAGUCAAGAGCGUCGGAUGGGGUGAGGCUGAAGAGAAGAUCCUCGGAAUGCGUUGGCAAGUAGCAACAGAUGACUUCAGAUUCAACGUGGAGUAUCAUCGAGUGCCAAGCAGCGUCCUGAGUGGAGAUCGAGUCCCUACGAAGAGGGAAUAUUUGAGCCUGGUGAUGUCAACGUUCGAUCCCCUGGGAUUCCUGUGCUGCCUCAUGGUUACAGCGAAGCUGCUGCUGCGAGAGAUUUGGAGAAAGAAGAUCCAGUGGGACGAACCACUACCGGAGGAGUUAAGCAAAGCCUUUGCGAUUUGGCGCAAAGAGAUGGACACCGUGGGACAGUUCCGAUGUCCGCGCCAUUAUUUUGGGCGUGGAGCAGUCCGGGCCGUAGAGUUGCACGUCUUCGUGGAUGCUAGUCAGGCAGCAUUCGCGGCGGUGGCCUAUUGGAGGGUCACAUAUGAGGACGACGACGUGCAGGUGAGCUUCGUGAGUGCGAAGACGAAGUGUGCCCCCAUGAGAACGAUGACGAUCCCACGGCUGGAGCUGCAGGCAGCAGUUCUUGGAACCAGGCUGAUGAACACUGUCAAGGAGGAGCACAGUGUGGUCAUCACGGACCUGGUGUUAUGGACGGACUCUAAGACGGUGCUGAGAUGGAUCGGCAGCACCCACCGCCGGUAUAAGCAGUUUGUUGGCAACCGAGUGGCGGAGAUUUUGGAGUCGUCGAAGGUUUCCCAAUGGAGAUGGGUGCCUACAGCCGACAAUGUGGCUGAUGAUGCGACGCGGUCGCAGAAAGGAGUCGACCUUAGCCAGGAAUCAAGGUGGCUAAGAGGACCUGCAUUUUUGAGGCAGCCAGGAGCCAGCUGGCCGGGGCCUGAGGAAGGAACUGAGCGUGUUCCAGAUGCCCCUGAUGAAGAAGAGAUGCCCUGUGAGUUUGCAUUAGUUGCGGCAGACGAUUUUGUUAUUCCGUUUCAGAGAUUCUCGAGCUUCAGUCGCCUGGUGAGGACCACAGCCUGGGUCCUACGGUUUGCGCGAUGGUGCCGCAAACAGCGAAACGAACUCGAGGAAUACGGCCUUACUGCAGCAGAAUGCAAGGCCGCGGAGAGCCUGUUGGUCAGACAGGCACAAUUGGAGUCGUUCCCCGACGAGAUGAGGUCGGCGGAAACUGGACAGGACGUCGCUAGAUCGAGCGACAUUCGAGGGUUGGUGCCCUACCUAGACGAGGACGGGAUUCUGCGAGCUUACGGCAGAAUUGAUGCCGCACUGUGCAUCCCGUACAGUGCGAGGAGGCCCGUAUUACUGUCACACAGGCACAGUCUGACAGAGCUGAUUGUGAGAGACUUCCACGCCAGGAUGAAGCAUCAAAAUGUGGAUGCUACGAUUGCGGAGAUCCGGACAAAGUUCUGGGUCACAAAGAUGAGGCGUGUGAUGCGGAGAGUCAUCUCAUCGUGCAACGAGUGCAAGUUGCAGCGAGCGCGGCCGAUGCCGCCGAUAAUGGGACCCCAUCCGGAAGACAGACUGGAUGCGGGUGGAUGGCCAUUCAAAUACACAGGACUGGACUACUUUGGGCCACUGCUGGUGACUGUGUCCCGUCACAAGGAGAAGCGUUGGGACGCCUUGUUUACGUGUUUGACGACAAGGGCGAUUCACCUGGAGCUGGCGCAUGACCUGUCGACGGAUUCCUGCAUAAUUGCAAUCAGGAACUUCGUCUGCCGUAGAGGGCCAGUAUAUAGACUGCGCAGCGAUAACGGCAAGAACUUCGUGGGAGCUGACAGGGAAGCCAGGCGCUUCGGUGACGUAUUCGAGAUGGAGAAGCUUCAGAGUGAGUUGUCAAGCAGAAGCAUUGAAUGGGUUUUUAAUUGUGUAGCGAACCCGUCUGAGGGCGGAGUUUGGGAGCGCAUGGUGCAGUGCGUCAAGAGAGUACUGCGUCAUACCCUAAAGGAAGUUGCGCCGAGGGACCAUGUAUUGGAGAGUUUCCUGAUUGAGGCGGAGAAUAUUGUAAACUCGCGUCCGCUCACCCACUUGCCUGUGGAUGCGGACCAGGAGGCGCCGUUGACGCCAAACGAUCUACUCAAGGGAGUAGCCAAUCUGCCGGAUACGCCUGGAUUGGAUGCGGAGCUGCCCAAGGAGGGUUCUACGAGGAAGCAGUGGAGGAUUGCUCGCCUGCUACGAGACCGUUUCUGGAGGAGGUGGGUCAUGGAGUACCUGCCUACGCUUGUGCGCCGCGAGAAGUGGUGCCGCCGAACGGAGCCCAUCCACCAGGGUGAUAUGGUCUUCGUCUGCGAUCCUGCCUUGGCCCGACGAGAGUGGCGCAAGGGCAUCGUGGAGGAGAUCUACAGCGGAGCUGAUGGAGUCGUCAGACGCGCUAAGGUGCGCGUGAACGACAACGGCCUAUCUAGGACAAUGAUGCGACCCGUCUCUAAACUUGCAGUUUUGGAUUUGAGUGAAGCGGUUCUUCACGGGGUCGGGGAUGUCGCGGAUCGAAUAUUGUUAUCGAUAGGCUAGUUAGUAUUUUUAAGAAGUCCGAAUGAGGAAGGAUUUGUAAGCCCAUAUGUGUCUGGGCACAUUGUUUUUCGCCAUUGUAAAUUGCCGGAAAAUUAAGCUUUCAUUGUCGUUUAAGAGUUGGAGGACACACUGCGUCUUCCAGAAUAAAACGUGUUCUACUACCACGGA